AUGCAUUGGUGUUCGUUGCUUUCAUUGGCGGUCCUCACCGCCCCAUACGCCCAGGCGCUUAUUCGUUUCCCAUGCGCGCAAUUGGUGACGGAGCGUCUCGACCCAUUGGUCUUCCCUGGCGAGGUUUCGCCUCACGUCCACCAGAUCAUUGGAGGAAAUGCUUUCAACAUCACCAUGGACCCAAGCAACGACAUUUCGAGACUCGCGACCUGCACCACUUGUAAAUUCAAGGAGAACAAGUCAAACUACUGGACUGCCGUCAUGUACUUCAAACAUCCCAAUGGCACCUUCAUUCGGGUUCCGCAAAUGCCCAACCACCUCACCGGCAGCCCAGAUGGCGGUAUGACUGUCUACUAUAUCCCGCCUACCGACCGUUCGAAGGUCACGGCUUUCCCACCGGGCUUCCGUAUGAUCGCUGGAAACCCCAUGCGUCGCCAACAGACGAGCGCUAACCCUAACAGCCCGGAGGCCUGGUCCUCUUCGUUCAGGUGCUGGCAGACGUCCGGCUUCACCGAUGCAUCCAACUCCUCACCCCCCGGUGCGGGGAACUACGACACAGUCACCCUUCCUCCUCGCCCAUGCCCCGCCGGUAUCCGCUCGCACAUCUUCUUCCCCGCGUGCUGGGACGGCAAGAACCUCGACAGUCCCGACCACGCCAGCCACGUCGCUUACUUCCAAGGGAACGUCGACAGGAACGCGGGUAUGAUCCUCAUGAAGGGGACCUGUCCCUCGACGCACCCCGUUCGCAUGCCGCUCCUGUUCUUCGAGACCGUCUGGGACACAAGGCCGUUUAACAGCAUGUGGCCGUCCGACGGCAGCCAGCCGUUCGUGCUCUCGAUGGGCGACCCCACUGGGUAUGGACACCACGGCGACUACGUCUUCGGAUGGGAAGGCGACGCGCUCCAACGCGCCAUGGACAACUGCGCCACAGAUAUCCUCGGUCUCCCCGACAGCUGCCGUGUCCUCACCCAGAUUUCCGACGCCGAGAUGAACAGCUGUAAGCAGGCGACCCGCGUCCCUGAGCCCAUUAACUACCUACGAGAACUUCCCGGGUGCAACCCGAUCCAGAACGGACCCGCUCAGGCCACCAUGCCCGCCAGCUGCGACGCAGUUUCGACCACUGCAGCGGGAGGAGGAAACCCACCUGCCACUGCGGCACCUCCCGUCGUUACUGUUGCACCCCCGGUCGUCACUGUCGCACCCCCCGUGCCUACUCAAGCGCCCCCUGCCCCUCAACAGCCCGCUUCGCCCAAGUGGGGUCAAUGUGGUGGCCAGGGCUGGACGGGACCGACGACGUGCGACGCCGGAAGUACUUGCACGUUCCAGAACCAAUGGUACUCGCAGUGUCUCUAA